GAAGAGCAGAAUAAUAAUGACGUCCGUUUUGGAUCACUGUGAAGUCACAUGAAGCGUAUUACAAUUCCCAUCUCUCUUUUGCAGAUUGUCAUUAAAAUAUUACUAUUAAACAAAGUAAUCGCGAGUUAACCGAUAGUUUGCCUAAACGAUAAAAACAUGGACGAGGACGGUUUACCGAUUGUGGGAUCGGGAAUAGAUCUGACCAAGGUCCCAGCCAUACAACAGAGGAGAGUCGUUGCCUAUCUCAACCAGUUCAUUGUGCACACUGUUCGGUUCCUCAAUCGUUUUUCGACAGUUUGCGAAGAGAAACUUGCAUGCAUAUCUCUUCGGAUACAGCAGAUUGAAACUACCCUCAGCAUUUUGGAAGCAAAGCUAUCCUCUAUUCCUGGUUUGGAGGAUGUCAGGGUGGAGGGUGUUGGUCAGCGGCCAGCUACGGAGGUCAACAGUCCAGUCCUGGUCCCAAGUCAACCAGAGACCCCUAUAGCUGUGGCUGUGCCAUUGCAACCUCCUGAGGCCUCUCCAAACAUACCAGACCCAAGAGCAGCGGAGGCAGCAGGAGACAGUAGGAUGACUGUGGCCAAGGACCCACGCUAUGCCAGAUAUCUCAAGAUGGUGCAAGUGGGUGUUCCAGUUAUGGCGAUAAAGAAUAAAAUGGUCCAGGAAGGUUUGGAUCCCAACCUGCUUGACACACCCGAUGCACCUGUGCCUGAUGCCGUCAAAAAGAACACACUAGAUCAAGAUGAUGACGGUGACGAUGGCAGUGAGUCAUCUUUCAGCGAUUGAUCUGCUGUCUUGGCCAUUUAGCUGCCUAUAGGGAACUUCCUUCCCUGUCACCUGUGCUCCGGGCCUUUUCUACUGUGCUGCUGCAGGGGCACAGAAGGACUAGAUGCCAGUGUGUGCUUGACAGGCAGAACUACAGUGCUACCAGACAAAGUCCCACUUCUGUGGAUGAUCUCCAGGGAUGCAUGGGACUUACAAAAGGAGGCAGAUUAAGUAUCUGAAAUGCAUUGUAGAUUGAGUGAAUGUAAACGAGACAGUUGAUAAUGUCUGUAUCCAGGUCAGCCACUGAUCGUGUGGAUGUUAUAUUUUUGUUUCCAUUUCUUCUCCUGAAACAUUUGAUUGGUCAUGGACAUGGUGUUUCUUUGUCGUUUAGCAGUGAAACAGAUGGAAUGACAAGCAUGGAAAGUAUCAACCAGAUAAUCGAUUAGUAAUUGAUCAUUCUUUUCUUUAGACUGCACUGGGCAAACAUGCCUCUGCCCCUUUGUCAAUAUCAUGUGAACAUUCCAAUGCCUGAAAGAGAUUGUGGGCAGCAGGUAGCCUAGCGGUUGAGAGAGUUGGGUCAGUAAGUGGAAUGUUGCUGGUUGGAGUCCCCGAGUCGAUUAGGUGAAAAAUCUUUUUGCCUUUGAGCAAGGCACUUAUUGCCCCUGUAAGUCGCUCUGGAUAAGUGUCUGCUAAAAGACAAAAAUGUAAUUGUGCUUUAGUCACGUUUGUUUUAUUUUGACAGUGAUGUCUGCAUGUUACACUUGUGAGAGGAUGAUAUGUUGUAUCUCAUGUCCAUAAUAAUGUUUGUGAGAACAUUUGAUGGGUACUAUUUUUCACUACAACUGCUGUAUGAAGGAUGUCCUACAGAAAUGUUGAGGACUGUUCUCUGGCCGAUUCGUCACUUUUAAUUGAGACAUUAAGCUGUGAACUGUAACUGUUCACUCCAGGAACAAUGUGAAGAACAAAUGAAGGAAAUUACAUUUCUCCAAAAGUGCAUCUUGGGAAAAAAAACACCACUAGUUGUGAGCAAUGUGUCAAUUACAAUGGUACCGUGUAGACUAAAUUAACAGUAGUACCUAAUGGGAAUUCACCUCAAUCUUCUAAAAUUAUACAUCUCCAUCCCAGAUUUAACCAUGUUAGCAAGCCUUUCAGGCCCUUGAUUCCCACUGUUGUGAAGGCAUUAUGCCUUGGCCUUUAAGUCCAAUAGUUUUAUACUACAUCCCUUUUUUUUAUCCAAAUGCUCAGAGAUCCAAAUCAUCUUCACAUUGUUUGUAGUCGUCUCUGGACAGAACACUGCAGUGAUGGGAGUUUUUCAAUUGAUUAUGAAAGAGGGUAGAUGGAGUGGUGUUAGACUGGAAAGCACUUUGUUCACGAGCGCAAGGCAAGCAGCAUUGAUAUCGGAGUGUUUACGCCGUUUAGCCUGAAAAAUAAAGAACACAUUUUGCCUCAAGAUAUGUGGACAUCAUUUUAUUCAAACACUAUUUGGGUUUUGUGUUUGGAACAUAGAAGUACUUCACACAUACAGUAGCCCUGUAUGUAUUUUGAGUUACUUUAUUACAAAGGUAUACCAUAGAUAUGCCUCAAUACCAUGAGUUUUUCUUGAGCAAAAUACCCAUUCUAAUAUAAAACUGUUAACAUUGGAGUCGGUAAGUGUACAUACAGACUCUUUCCAUAAACUUGUGAUGGGUGAAAUUAAUUUUCUAUAUCUUGUGAUUUUCUUGUGCAAUACUGACCUUUGUACCACCUGGCUGAUGAACAAUGGGUUACAUAUUUCCUUAACCCAAUAAAUUCUCGAAUUGCUGGUCACAGGA